AUGUGUGACAUCCCAGAUGAUCAUUGCGAUCUAGAUAGCAAUAUGAUUGUUGCUGUGUUAGUUGGCGACAUUGCAAAAAGCCCAAGGUAUAAAAUUAAAGAUUGUAUUAUAGCCGUCCUGAAAGUAUAUCACAAAACCAUUAGUAGGCGGAAGGCGUAUCUUGGGAACAGACGUGCACAUGAAAUAGUCUACGGCAAUUGGCAGGGCUCUUUUAAGACGUUGCCGAGAUACACGGAGGCUCUACAACACUUCAAUCCUAGUACUGUUGUUGAAUGGAAGCUUGGUGUCCCCGGUAAUAUUUUUGAGUUUGUGUUUUGGGCAUUCAAACCAUGCAUUGAUGGUUCUGCUCAUUGUCGGCCAGUAAUAUCAAUAGAUAGAGAACAUAUGUAUGGGGUAUACAAUAUAAAGCUGCUAAUUGCAGUUGGAAUGGAUGCAAAUGGAUCUAUAUUCGCUCUAGCUUUUGCAAUUGCAGCUAAUGAGAGCACUAAUACAUGA